UGGAAAGACACAAUCCCGCGCGGUGUGACUCGCACAGUUGCAUUGCAAACUUUCACGCAAGCAGAUCGUAAGAUCGGAACCCGAUAGUCUCCAACAUCAGUCACUAGGAAUAUCACGUGCUUCACGCUAGUCAACUAAAGCCUUCCAGCAUGGGCAAAGGAAAAGGUGGUGGCUCAGGAGGAGGCGGUGGUCAGGGUGGUGGUGGUAAAAAAGGCCCUGCAAGUGGCGGGCCCGCCAAAGGUGGAAAUGAUGCUAAAGGUGUCGCUGGCGGUAAAGCUGGAACCGACAAGGGAGGAAAAAAGGGUGGUAAAAAGUGAACCUACGUUCACUACGUUCAAUCCGUUUCCCGGAGAGCUGCCCACCCCAACGUACUUCCGGAAGCGAUAGCAGCGGCGGAUUUUGCCGGUCAGCGAAAGGGACCCCGAAAAAUUAGAUUGUGAUCUAGACUGUGAACAUUUGGAGCGUAACCGAGUGUUGCAAUCGCUACCGAUGUAUUUAUUACUGGCUUUUUUCCGUCGUUAUCCGUUUGGAACCAUGUUCAAAAUGAAGCAACCAGGUGAAAAACCUUUGCACUCAAGUCAAUAGAAACCAAACCGAUCCGCCGCUGUCGCAGUAUUUUCCCGCUCUUUCGCUAUUCACCUCUCAAAGCAACAUCCUUUCAUAAGAUUCCGCAGACAUAGCACCAUCUCAUUUGUACCCAGUUACAACUACCGUUAAGAUUGUUUUAUAUUA